UUCCUUUUUCUCCUCCUUAAACUUCCAAUGGAUUACCGAGGUCUUGAUAAUACUUACUUUGUUUUGAUCAAUACUAUGGGCGAAAAUAAUGAUACAUUCCAAGAAUUCUUAUCAUAUAAUUACAAGGCACACCUUGAGGGUCUGGCUGGUUCUAAUGACAGUCCGUUUCUGAAUUUUGCUGGCUUUGAUUUUUCGCAGUCCCAGAACCACACACCAUCAUUAUCACCACAAACGACAUCACUGGAUCCGCCACCAGCAGAAAUGGUUAAAAAGCCUACCAAAUGUAAAACCUUCUGCACCAAAUGUAAAAAGUAUUUAAACCGGUCGCAAGAUUUAAAACGUCAUAAAUUGGUUCAUACAGGCAUUCGAAAUUUUAUAUGUGAGCCUUGCGGUGGCUCCUUUUCUCGAAAGGAUGCGUUAAAAAGACAUCAAAGGACAUGCACCUCCUGCUCGUCGUCGUCUUAACAGUUCAAAUAUCCAUCUCUUUUUGUUUAUAUCCUUAUUUUUAAAUCCCUUCCCCGCCUUUUAAACAUUUCACCAUUUUGGCUCCUCCCACGUGUUUUCCCGGUCGGAUGAUGGCUUUCUUUUCUUUCCUUUUUUAUACAGUUUGUAGUGUUUCGCGUUCCAAAAUACAAAAGGCUAUGCCCUUAAUAAAAAAAAUACUCAAGUUCUAUAACCA